AUGCUGCCAUUAUAUCUACUCACGUCGGUGAAAACACAGCCGAUUUUGGUGGAGUUGAAGUCUGGAGAGACUGUGAAUGGCCUACUAGAGAACUGCGACUCCUGGAUGAACCUGACUCUUAACGAUGCCGUCACUGUUGACCUCCACGGCAAACGUUUUGAAAAGGUGCCCGAGGUGUAUGUGCGCGGAAACCAGAUCAAGUAUGUGCGCAUGAGCAACGACAUCAUUGACAAAUUCAAGGAGCAGAACAGAGGCCCGAACAGACAGCGC